UGAGGGUGCGUGUAGUGAGCUGCAGCUAUAGUCUCGUUCGGAAUUAACCAUUUUUUGCCCCCAUAUACGGUUUUUCUUUAAUAGCUACACGACACAGACAGCAACACUGAAUUGGACAGCUAAAUCAUCGCGUUUAAUAAGGAUUUUACCCAUUCCUGGACUUAAACCUGAUAAUACGGCGUAUUUUUGUCUGAAGAAAUUUGGUCGCUUAAACCUAAAGCGCGCGGAGCUGUCUCCGUUUGGGAAUACUGGAUUACCGUAAAACUGAUUUGGACAUCUACCAGUGAUUCGUGAAUUAUCGUCGUCAUUACCAUCAUUACAAUCGCUGUUUCCGUAUGUGAGUUUGAUUUUUUUUUUUUGUCCGGGUACUUGAUCUGUAUGUUUAACUAGUACAGUGGGGCUUCGACAUAUAGGCCAAUCGUGGAGUGAAAAGGAGAGGCAUGUUAAUUUUAAUUUAUUGGGUUUUUGGGCAUAACAAACGGUUAGAAAGACAGUUUAUUUAAAAUAAACACGUGAACUCUAACAAACAUGCAUUUGAUUAGGAACGUUUAAAAUAAUUUCUGUGUCACGUAUAUCCUAAUUUGUAGACCUGUCUAUCCGUGGCUGCUUUCUCCUCAUUGUCACAAAAUGGUCGGCUCACAGUAGCGUAUUGUUUGUUAUACAAUAUUGUAUUUGAUGUGCGCGAAUGCCGUCAGUGCAUUUUUUGUUUUGUUUUUAUAAAAGGCUUCUUCUCGCUCACACUAUAUUCGAAUUUUUUGCAGCACGCACAUAUUUUUUUAGAUGACGUUAAAAUGGCCAGCAGGAAAAGAGCGAUGAAGUGACUAGAAGACGCAGUCUCGGUCAUUCCUAUGAAAUCAGUUAACGUUAGGCUUGUUAAGGCCGUGAUUCCGACAUCGUUCUCGUAUAUUUUUUACACGACGCCAUUCCUGGCUGCUGCUAAGAUGGGUAAUAAGUAGGAUAAGAACAUCAACAGGUUUUCACCACUUUAAGGACAUGGAUUUCGUGCACGUAAUUCUGUGUUUUCUGGCGUGCUGGAGCGGCACCGGGGCCGUUUUCAAUCUGAAAUACACCAUCGAGGAAGAAUUGCGCGCGGGAACGAAAAUCGCCAAUGUUACGGCGGACGCGAAAGUAGCUGGAUUCGCGCUCGGGAAUCGGCAACCUGUUUUGCGAGUAAUCUCUAAUUCCGAACCGCGGUGGGUAAACCUAAGCCCGGCAGGACUGCUCCUCACUAAACAGAAAAUCGAUCGCGACGCUGUAUGCCGGCAGACGCCGAAGUGCAUAAUUUCUCUGGAGGUCAUGUCCAAUUCGAUGGAGAUAUGCGUGAUUAAAAUCGAGAUUCUGGAUGUGAAUGAUAACGCGCCCCGAUUCCCCACCAGCCAUAUCGACAUAGAGAUCUCGGAAAAUGCCGCUCCUGGCACGAGAUUUCCCCUAGAGGGGGCAAGCGAUCUGGACUCGGGGAGCAAUGGCGUUCAGACAUACACCAUCACUCCAAACGACAUUUUCGGUCUGGAGAUCAAGACCAGGGGAGACGGAUCUAAAAUAGCCGAGCUAAUAGUAGAAAAGACUCUUGACCGAGAGACGCAAUCUCAUUAUACGUUUGAAAUCACGGCUGAGGACGGAGGAGAACCACCAAAGACGGGGAGUGUACCACUUAACAUUAAAGUCAUCGACUCCAAUGAUAAUAAUCCUGUAUUUGAUGAACCUGUUUACACAGUUAACGUGAUGGAGAAUUCUCCUAUAAAUACAUUAGUAAUAGACCUGAAUGCAACUGAUCCAGAUGAAGGAACAAAUGGUGAGGUUGUAUAUUCAUUUAUUAAUUUUGUGUCCAACCUGACGAAACAAAUUUUUAAAAUUGAUCCCAAAACUGGUGUCAUAACUGUUAAUGGAAUUUUAGACCAUGAAGAACUGGGUGUGCAUGAAAUAGAUGUUCAAGCCAAAGAUCUAGGCCCAAAUUCCAUUCCAGCACACUGCAAAGUGAUGGUUAAUGUAAUAGAUGUAAAUGACAAUGCACCAGAAAUUAAACUUUUGUCCGAAAACAGUGAGAUGGUAGAGGUCAGUGAGAAUGCACCUAUUGGAUAUGUCAUUGCACUGGUAAGAGUUUCAGAUGAUGAUUCAGGUGCAAAUGGGAAAGUGCAGUGCAGACUACAGGGUAAUGUGCCUUUCAGACUUAAUGAGUUUGAGAGCUUCUCUACGUUACUUGUUGAUGGCCGACUAGACAGGGAGCAGAGAGACAUGUACAAUCUUACAGUCUUGGCUGAGGAUAGUGGUUAUCCCCCACUUAAAAGUUCAAAAUCUUUUGCUGUUAAAGUAACGGAUGAAAAUGACAACCUGCCUUAUUUCACAAAGCCACAUUACCAAGCAAUGGUGUUGGAAAACAAUGUCCCAGGGGCAUUCCUACUUGCUGUGUCUGCUAAAGAUCCUGACCUGGGAAUGAAUGGCACAGUGUCUUAUGAAAUCAUUAAGUCAGAAGUUCGAGGAAUGUCAGUGGAAUCGUAUGUUACUGUAAACUCAAAUGGUGAAAUUUAUGGGGUCAGGGCUUUUAAUCAUGAAGACACCCGCACGUUUGAAUUUAAAGUCUCUGCCAAAGAUGGAGGAGAUCCUUCAUUAACAAGUAAUGCUACAGUGCGCAUUGUUGUUUUGGAUGUAAAUGACAACACUCCAGUGAUGACAACCCCACCACUUGUUAACGGCACUGCAGAGGUUUCCAUCCCCAAAAAUGCUGGAGUUGGUUAUUUGGUUACUCAAAUCAAGGCUGAUGAUUAUGAUGAGGGAGAAAAUGGAAGACUGACGUAUUCCAUAUCAGAGGGAGACAUGGCUUACUUUGAAAUUGACCAAAUUAAUGGUGAAGUACGGACUACAAAAAUGUUUGGAGAAAAUGCCAAGCCAUCCUAUCAAAUCACUGUUGUGGCCCAUGACCAUGGCCAGACAUCUUUAUCUGCUUCUGCAUACAUCAUUGUCUACCUCUCUCCGGACCUUAACACACAAGAGCAGAUUGGACCUGUAAACCUGUCUCUCAUCUUCAUCAUCGCUCUGGGUUCCAUUGCUGCUAUUUUGUUUGUCACAAUGAUCUUUGUAGCAGUGAAGUGCAAAAGGGAUAACAAGGAAAUUCGGACAUACAACUGCAGUUGUUUUUACCUGCACAGGGUGGCGGAGUGCUCCUAUGGUAACCAGAAGAAGUCAAGCAAGAAAAAGAAAUUGAGCAAGAAUGAUAUCCGCCUGGUACCACGUGACAUGGAGGAGACAGACAAGAUGAAUGUGGUGAGCUGCUCAUCCCUCACAUCCUCUCUCAACUACUUUGACUACCACCAGCAGACACUGCCACUGGGCUGCAGACGCUCUGAGAGCACCUUCCUCACUGUGGAAAGCCAGAAUUCAAGAAAUACUCCACCAAAACAUGGCCAUCAUCAUACCUACACUGGGCAGGGCCCACAACAACCGGACCUUAUCAUCAACGGCAUGCCACUGCCAGAGACAGAAAAUUUUUCCAGUGACUCCAGCUAUAUUAACAGCAGAGCACACCUUAUCAAAAGUACCUCAACAUUUAAGGACAUGGAAGGUAACAGCCUAAAGGACAGUGGCCAUGAAGAAAGCGACCAGACGGACAGUGAGCACGAUGUACAGAGGGGCCACUAUGCUGACACAGCUGUAAAUGACGUUCUCAGUAUGACUGUUCCACCCAACAGUUGCCAACUAUCAGAUCCAGAUUCCUCGGAAAGCUUCCACUGCCGGGACGAGUGCCGGAUUUUGGGCCACUCAGAUCGCUGCUGGAUGCCACGUGUGCCAGUGGCAGCACAUGUCACGUCACCUGAGCACAGUCGUGACAUCAUUGCCCUGUCUAUUGAGGCUACUGGCAUGGAUAUGCCACAUUAUGAGGGCUGUGGAACCACCAAAAGGACUUUUGCCACAUUUGGCAAGGAUGGGCCGGAGGGGGAGCAAAGAAGCAAGAGAACAAGUGAAAUGACCACCGGCAUCUGCAGCCCUAAAGCUGGUGGCAUUCGUGAGGCUGGAAAUGGACGUGAGGCCAUCAGCCCCAUCACAUCACCAGCACAUGUUAAGAGUCCACAGUCCAAGCCAACCACUGGCUACAACACAUUAAAACGCUCCAAUGUUGAGCGCAUUGCAAAUCAUAGUGUGCUGCGCCAACCAGAGGGCAAAGACAGUGAGCCAGCCAUGAGUGAGAUCAAUACACUAUUGCACGAUGGACGGGAGAAAGAAUCCCCUAGUAUCAAGCGCCUGAAGGACAUUGUGCUUUAGCUUAAUAGCUCACAGCUCACAGACACUCACUGUAAGUAUUAUUCUCAGUGUGUGUUUGUAUGGGGUGGAAAGAAGGGGGCACACAGCUUUGUCUUUAGAGAGAGUGAGUUCAUACUUAUAUUAGGCACCAAGGAAGAGUAUGCUGAACUGAAAAUGUGUCUGCCCGGCUCAAGCAGAGGCCAUGGCUUCAUUAUAACAGGAAUUUCCUUUUUGUUUUUCUUAUGUUUCUCUUUUUUGCAAACAGUGGACACGCAGGUCAGUGUUAGCUGUGUGCAUGCUAAUCUCUUCACCAUUUUUGUCCCACACAAUACUUGGUUAAUCCAAGGAAAGACCUUUUGGUGGACCAGGAGUUCCAUCCGAGUAUACUUUUUUUUUUAGACAUUAAUAGACAGCUUCUGGAUAAUGUGUGCAUUUUGCUUCAGCCGCCAAAUGGACCCAUUGUGCCCAGAGAUAAUAAUCAUUCUUCUGGAGAACCUCCUUAUGUUCUGCACUGCCCAAAUCAGCACUCCCAGCAUUUAUGGUACACAAAUCUGUGGGAAUGUGUCGCAGAUAUCUUUUUACCCUAUUUCUUUCCUUGCCAUAUAAGACAAAGCUCCUUAGAUUGCCUCAAGACACUGUUUAAUAUAUUAAGUAAAUAAAAUGGUUAUAUGUGUUUAAUGCAACAAAAAUAAUCCAUGUCUUACACUUAACUAAAGUUGGUGAAACAUGCUCCAUCGGGGGGAGGGGUGACUCAUCAUUGACUUUGAAAUGUUCUGUGGCCAUUUUUGACUGGAGAAUGAAACAUUGUGCUUUUUGUUGUUGUUGAUGAUAAUGAUGAUGUUGUGGUUGUUGUUGUUGUUUUACUUAUCUAGAAUAUAAAGGAUCGUCACUUUUAUUCAAAUCUCUGUAUAGGGUUUACUAUCAUAAUUUUUAAUAACCUGUUAUGUGACAAUCCCUUUAAUGUUUUGUUGCAAAAGUUAAAACAACAACAAAAAUAAAUGAAUAAACACAUGUUUAACUAAUGCUACAGUAGCAUUUGUUACACAAAAAAUCUAAAAGAUUUUUUAUAAAUAAUCUGAUGUAAUGUGUAAUAUUUAUUGCUAUUGUGUUUUUAUCACCAAGAUGCACUUGAAAUCAGCAGGCUUUUUAAAUGACUGAACAGAUUUCAACUGAUCUUAGAUUUUUGUUGAAUGUGUUACCCCUGGUGUUUAUUAUUAGAGUCUUGUAAAAAAAAAGUUUCUUAAUGAUUAGUCCUUGUGCCAUUAAGGCCUUGUUCAGACUGUAGGCCAAUUCGAUUUGUUUCACAACUGUGAUCUUUAGGACUGACUGUCCACUGAAAGUGAUUAGAUCGGAUUUGGCUCUGUUUAGACUGGCAGGCCAAAUUUUACACUCUGUCACCCUGGCUACAUUGGUUGCUGAGGUAAUGACGCCAGAGGCUCACAUGCUGCACAGUAUUUGCUCAUAUAUCAUCUCUCUACAUUCCCUUUAGCAUUGCUUGUACUGAUGAGUCCCCCCAAAACAUUAUCAGAAAUGUCACUUCCUCCUUCGGUCCACAGACUAUUAUUGUCCAUUUCCAUACUACAGUUAAGCUAGCUGAUUUUCCUGCACAGAAAAUUUAGUAAUAGUCGCAAAAGCAGACAUAGCAUAGCAACUAAAUUUUUUGCAAAAUUCCUUUUUUUUUAUUUCUAUUUUUUUCAUCUGUCUGCUCAUUUUUCAACCAUUGUGUGGACAACCUCCACAGUGUGUUGUGAGUGAUGACAGUUGAAAUCUGUUUAUUCUUUAGGAAUAAAAUUUUAAUCUGAUUUUAAACUGUUUCUGGAUGUAGUUCAAAUUGGAUUUGCAAAAAUUAGAUUCAAUGUGUUUUUUUUUGUUGUUUUUUGUUUUUUACUGUUGAAAGAAUAUGUGAAAGCAAUCCAAUUCCAAACUGAUUCCAAUCUAGAUGUACCAAAAAUCAUAUUUGGGCUGAAAAUCUGAACAAGGCCUUAGUUUUUGUGUGGGCAAAAUGCAGGGAAAGGACUCACACUAAAUGCAUAGAACAAUAAAUAAAUAAGUAAAUAAAUCAAAAUCAAUCUCGAUACCAAUUGUAUUGUGUCAGUAGUGUGACAGUACAAUGAGCUUACAUUGAUAUAGGAAAAGAAAGGAUCAAAUGAUUAGACUGCGUCAAGCAAAGAAAACAGCUUAUUAGGAAUUACGGGAUCUGUGAUAAAAACACUAUCCAAACUUUAAAGAAUAAUGCUGAACCCCAUCAACUUUGUGGAAGUAAUGUGGUCAGAAAGAAAAUCAUGAAUGGAGAUCACUUAAAGACUUAAAGUUUCAUAAUAAAAUGUACUGUACAACAGUAAAAAACAUGUUUAAUAGUGAAAGUAAAAGAGUUUUAAUAUGCACAUAAUGUGAUGACAACACAGAAUUGGGACUAAACAACUGUGUGGCCAUAAGAAAACAACUGUAAGUGAGGCUAAUCAGAAAACAUGGGUUGAAUUUGCUAGGGAGUAAGAUUAAACUUUGCAAAAAAGUAAUGGAAAAAGAUCAUGUAACCACAUUAUGAAUUCAGAUUGAACUUAUUCUAGAGCGAUGAUCGCAUCAGGGUAAGAAGGGAAGUGCAUGAAGCAAUGCAACCAUUGUUGCAUUGUUGCGCAGAGAUCUGAGAUUGCUUCAGUUAGUCAGGUCUAGGCUCAGACAUGUUAAGCAGCAAUAAAAUGGAGUCAGCUAAUAACCUAAAUGUACUGAAUGACCAGGUUAUCACAUCAAUGGAGUUUUUCUUACCUGAUGGAACAGCCAUUUUCUAGGAUUCAAAUUGUGAAGAGUGGUUCUGGGAGCAUGUGGAAUAAUUUUCAUACAUGAAACCACAUUUGUGUGUAAUCAAGACUAAAGGUAACUGAAUGAAAUUGGAGAGCACAAAAUUUUUUGGCCAAGCAGUAAAUUAAUGUCAGAAGUUAACAGAUUGUUGCUCAUUGUUAAAAUUGAAGCCAGGACAAGAGACAUUUGUUUUUGAAAUAAGCAAAGGUACACUUGUUUCGUUUGUGAUGUAUUUAAGGCAUUCAUUAUAGUUCAUGGGUAAUAGCUUUAUGUAGCUACAUGUGUCAGAAUAGAUUUGUUAUGACUAGCACAGUGAGGCCAAUAUGUGUAUUUUUGACAGGAAUGCAUAUAUUAAGUGGAAAUAAAAUGAGGAAUUUAAUAUCAUAUAAUUCAAAAUUUGCUUAUUCAGAUAGAUUCAGCUGGUUAAAAUCCACUUGGUUUCUGUAACUGAAUAAUAUGCAGGUCUCACCAACUGCAUCUCUCAGCAUAAUAACAGAAUUAUCACUGAAUGUACACUGCUGGCUGUACUAUUAAAGAAUUUAAUGUUGUCCAGUUUGUUUCUUUAUUGUCUCUUUUUCUAAUUGUACAGACCUGGCCAACUUAACAAACACAUUAUAUAUAUUUUACUUUUUAUGUGUUAAAUGAAGUCAGCUGAUGACUGAAUGUAUUAAAUGACCAGGGUAUUAUACCAAUGUUUUUC